AUGGGCGGCAGAAUCCAUGGAUUCUUAGGUGGUGUUCUACUCACUUCCGUGGCCACAUACUACACUGGUGAGUUUGUGCGAUCAAACAAAUUGUUUGUAUCUUCCCAACUCCAAUCUUCAAGAGAUAUUAUUGAACAUCAAAUUAUUUCCCACAAGCAUGGCCAUGACAAAAUUAUGCCCGUCAAUAAGCUGUUUGAAGAAACACGCAGAGUGAGCAUCUUGGAAACUUCCAAGGAUCUCUGGAACGAAGAGCUCAUAAAGGCGGUGAAUUGGGUUUAUAGCAUAGAUUGGUACAAAUUUGGUGUCCAGACAGACCAAGCAAUUAUGGACUUGACGGACAAGGUAGCGUCGAUAGUGGAGAAGAAGUGA